GACCUCCCGACAGUCUGUCUGUUCAAGAUGGCCGCUUGAGUGGAGAAUUUACACCUCUCCAGUAAAACUAAUCCAGGAGCUAGCUGCCCGAACAACUUUUACCGUGGUCUUAGAGAAUGGCCCGAAGAUACCAGCAACGUUUUCUGCUGCUUUAAAUCUGAAGAGAAGCACGGUUGUUGAGGUUGGAGUCAUGGAAUAAAACACUGCUGGAACUGGAGGGCAUAAAAGGCCCCUUUCUUGUAGCACAGCAUGGACAGCUUCUUCAAGGCAGCUGUAAGUGAUCUGGACAAGCUGCUAGAUGACUUUGAACUCAAUAGUGAGGAACCUGAAUGCAACCCUGCUUCCCUGAAGCCCUCCGUGUACCCCUUCUCCUCACUGGGGUCUCAGUGCUCACCCUCAGAGGUGUCCUCUGUUCCACCAAGCCUCCCGAACCUUAAUUCUCUUCAUUAUGGUUUGGUUCCCAGCUGUCCUGAUGGUUCCGGCACUUAUAAUCAUAACCACAGAACUGACGAUAGAGAGGUCAAAGUUCAGCCUCUCACUGGGGUGGACCUUCUCUCGUCUGUGGAUCGCAGGUCAGUCAAAAACUCGGCCCCUCCCUGUCCGGACAGAGCUCUGAAACCUGUGUGCGACCUUGUGAAUGACACAAGCUCAGCCAUUCUGGUCAGGGUCAACAGCCAUGAUGCCUUCAGCGAGCUGGACAUGGUGGAAAAGCAAAUGGAGGAGGAGGAGGCACUGCUCGUGGAUUUUAACAGCCCCGUAGUUGUAGAGGAGCAAGGAACUGCAUGCCAAAGUCAAAAGACCCAGGAAGCGCAAACCCCUGUAGGGAAUGGAGCUGAACUGUUGGGUCUAGAUUCACAUGAGAAGAUUGAUGGAUACUCUGCCUCACUCAGUCUGCUGGAUGUCAUUCUACCUGCAGCAGUGGAAAGAAGUUGUGAUCCCCCAGAUCCUUCACUGUCUUCAAGGUCCACUGAGUCAGCCGAUAGAGAGGAGGGAGACAGUAAAGAGGGGGACGUCUCUGACCAAGUAGUUGAGAACUCUGUGGAGCACAUUGAUCCUGAGCCCACUGAUGGCAUUAUAGAAACUAGGACAACCCAAGUUGGUAAAGAGGAUGAGUCUCAUGAAGUCUUGGAUGAAUGUGAAGCAGAGUCAACUGCAAGUCUGAAAUCUGGAGCCUCUCACAGCGAGCCAGUGGGCCUGUCAUGCCUGCCCAUAGCUGUGUCCAUGUGUGGAGCUCUGGUGAACCCAAAGACCACAGAAGAUGAUUCAGGGCAAGCUUCUGAGCAGUGUGGUGAGUCAGAUUUGUCCAAGAGCACAGAGACAAACUCCCUGUCAGGUGUGGAAGCCAGAGAGGAAGGACCCCACUCAGAAGGACCUGGGCCUCACUCAGAAGGACCUGAGCCUCACUCAGAAGGACCUGGGCCCCACUCAGAAGGACCUGGGCCCCACUCAAAAGGACCUGGGCCCCACUCAGAAGGACCUGGGCCCGCUUCACCAGCUUCUAUGUUCCAGGAGGUUGCAGAUGGCAGAUUAUCUCCAGAGGGGCAACAGCAGGAUUUUAUUGAGCCUGGUGAUGCAGUGCCUUCUGCAGACUUUGCCUCCACAAAUUGUUCAAAACUCAGCUUAGUAGAUCCUCCAGAGUUUGGUUUUGAAUAUCUGCCCGAGAGCGACCAGGCUGAGCUGCUGAUUACGGAUGAGGAGCUGGAUGCUUUCCUGCAGGCACAUGCUGAAGCAGAGCAAGGUGUUUCUUAUCCUGAGUCUCUCCCAGAAUCAAACAGGGCUCCAGAGGACAGACUUGUACAACAGGAACUGAGGAGUUGUGGACGUGGGAUAAGUAAGGACUUAGAAGGUCUGGCUUUUCCAGAAAGUGAUCAAACAGUAUGUGUGUCUGUAGAGGGGAGCAUUAACCCCAGUGCUCUAUCAGUAUCACAAGACUCUUAUAGACCUUGCCAAGAAGAUUCUUCUGGGGUAAGCCAUUCACAGACCAGCAACACUUUCCAGUCCCAGCACAGCAGUAGCCCUGAUCUACAGCCCUCCUAUGGAGGUGCAAGACCUAAACAGCUACACUGCCAAACUGCAAGAGCUCCACUAGCAGGAGAAGAAGAGGAGGAGCUGGUUCAGACAUUAAGUGUUUCUACAACAGUGCCAAAUACAGAAGAGGAUGGAGAGAGUUCACCAGAAAACCCCGGUAUUACAGAUGAGCAUUCCAACUUUAGGGAUUCUAGCCCUCUGUACGCCACUCAGGAGCAUCAGGAUUAUAGUCUGGGGUAUGAUGAACUGUCAGAGCCCCCACCUUACCCUGGGGAGUUUCCCACAGACAGUGUCAGGCCAGUGAACUGGAAAAGGGAAGGAGUGGAGGAGCUGGGGAACAGACAGCCUGCUUGGGUGCCAGACGCUGAAGCUCCCAACUGUAUGAAGUGCAAUCAGAAGUUCACUUUCACCAAGAGGCGGCAUCACUGUCGCGCCUGUGGGAAGGUUUACUGUGCUGUGUGCUGCAACAGGAAGUGUAAACUAAAAUACCUGGAGAAAGAGGCUCGUGUUUGUGUCCUCUGCUUUGAUACCAUUCACAGAGCUCAGGCCCUGGAACGGAUGAUGAGUCCUACGGGUCCUAGCCCAAACCCAAAUGUCCCAUCUGAGUACUGCAGCACCAUCCCCCCUUUGCAGCAGGCUCGUGCUGCUGGUACGCUAAACUCCCCGCCACCUACUGUCAUGGUGCCUGUGUCUGUUCUGAAACACCCAAACAAUGACAGUUGUCCUCGUGAGCAAAAGCGUGUGUGGUUUGCUGAUGGUAUCUUGCCCAAUGGAGAGGUGGCAGACACCACCAAGCUGUCUGUGGUGAGCCACAGGAACUCCCAGGACUUCAGUGCUGUCACCCCAGAUGAGUCAACACCUGGAUCACCUGGGUCAGAGACCGGAGUUGGCAGUUCAUCUUCUCCUGAGGCUGCUGUGGCUGCAGAGGUAGUUUGCCCCCCAGUGUCUGGGCCUUGGGAUUUUGCGUUGCUCUGUGGAAUUGGUUCUUCAGUGAACAGAGUUCCCAGUCUGCUGCCAGACAAUGAGGACGAGCUGCCUCCACUGCUCAUUGCCACCGGAGAGGACGGAGGAGGAGAUGUUUUGGUUGAGGAAAAUCCUGCCCCAUGCCAGGUUUUCCACUUACUGGAAGAAGGCGGACCCCGCCCUCUGACAUUCAUUCUUAAUGCCAACCUGCUAGUCAAUGUCAAACUGGUGACAUACUCUGGCAGGGAAUGCUGGUGUUUUGGCUCAAAUGGGCUGCAGGCUCUGGGACAGAAGGAGUUGGUAUUUCUGUUGGAGUGUUUGCCUCAAGAAAAAACAAUUCCCAAAGACCUCUUCACACUAUAUCUUAGUGUUUACCAGGAUGCCCAAAAAGGGAAGUUUUUGGAGGAGCUGGAUAAUGUGACUUUCACAAGCAGUUUCUUGGGCAGUAAGGAUCACGCUGGAAUGGUCUUCUUCUCUCCCACCUGUCAGUCCCUAGAUGGCCUCACUCUCCCUUCACAGCCGUUCUUGUUUGGCCUGCUUAUCCAGAAACUGGAGGUGCCCUGGGCCAAAGUCUUUCCCCUCAGACUGCUUUUGCGCCUUGGAGCUGAAUAUAACUCGUAUCCCACCACACUGACGAGUAUCCGUUGUCGGGACUCGGUGUAUCGAGAGACAGGACACACCAUCAUGAAUUUAUUGGCUGAUCUGAGGAACUACCAGUAUAGCCUGUCAGCGGUGGAGGGCCUGAGGAUCCACAUGGAGAUGGGUCACAGCUACAUUGAGAUUCCCAAAAGUAGAUUCAAUGAGGUGCAGAAGGUGGUAAAUGCAUCCAACGAACAUGUGAUCAGCAUUGGAGCAAGUUUCAGCUCAGAGGCCGACUCUCACCUGGUGUGUUACCAGAAUGAGGAGGGAAACUACCAAACCCAAGUCAACAGCAUGCCUGGGAAGACCCGCACAGUGACUGGGUCCAGUUUUGUGGUGUUCAAUGGCGCACUGAAAGCCUCCUCAGGUUUCAUUGCCAAGUCCAGCAUUGUUGAAGAUGGGUUGAUGGUGCAAAUCCCUCCAGAGACUAUGGAGUCUCUUCGCUCUGCCCUCAGGGAGCAGACGAACUUCCACAUACCCUGCGGCAGGAUUAAUGAUGAGCAGCUCAGAGAGAAUGUGACUGUCCGCUGGGUGGACUGGAGUUCACCUGUCAACACAGGCAGAACUAGUGGAGUUGAUGGAAGACCCCUCGAUGGAGUGCAUAGUGUGAGGAUGCAGCAGGACACUGAGUUUGAGUUGGACAGUUGCACCAUCAGAUGCACUGAGGUUUUCUACCAGCUGAAGUCUCCUGACUGCAGCCUGGCAUCUGUCCUGUCGUCCUGCAGUGUUUUUCAGAAGGAGAUAGCUUUGGCAACCUGCAGCGCUCUCACUCCUCACCUUGCUGUUCUCACCUCCAACGGCAUCAACUCGCUGUCACUGCGUGUCUCCACACAGGCUGACAUGGUGGAGUACCAGGCUGGUUCCAGAGGCAGUCUCCUCCCUCAGCGCUACAUGAAUGAGAUGGACAGCGCUCUGAUCCCUGUCAUCCAUGGAGAUAGUGCGAGCGUGCCACAGACUGCCAUGGACAUGGAGUUCACUUUCUACAUCACACAUGCUAUCGAAUCCGCAUGUAGACCAUGACACACUCAAAAUAUUGGAGACAAAAAAAAAAAAAAAUCCACUGCAAUGGCUGUUGUGGCUGUUUUCAGGACAAAGCUGCUGUUUCAGGCAGGACAGCUGCUUGUGCACAGCUGGAUCGGCAGCCAGCCACACAGGAAGAUAAACAGUCCCACUCUGACGUUGGGGAUUUAGAGGGAUCCAAGCUGAUCGGAUGUUGGUUUUCUGUUACGAAGCCAUUGCACUUUUGAGUGUUUCGUGUUCACCAAAGCUGCUUUAAUACAAGAAGCCAAACACUAAAGGAAUACAACAACAUGACCAAAAGCAACCAAAAGAUUCAAAGCGCUUUCCUUUGCUCUGCCUUCCAGACUCCCUGCUGGCCUCCGUUAGCACGGAGUACCUCAGUGAAUGUUUCCCACAGACACUAUGGAAGUGGCUCUCAUUAUUUUUACAUCAAAACGAGGGACAUCAUUGAGCAUCAAGAGGUGAUCAGGUGCUACUGUAAGAGCCACUUCACAUACAUAGCUGACAUGGCCUAAAAGCAGACAGUAGGCUGACUUUCUCUCAAGGUACUAUGCUCAUUUUACAUGUUGGUUAUGAUGAUACUGCGCAGGAGAACAAUGGGCCUCGUGCAGGAACCUUUUUUUAACUUUGUCCUAGGGCUCGGCUAUUGAAUGAAAUUUAAUUUCAAUUCCCAUUUUACCUUUGAAUGAUUUAUAAAAACUAAACCGUGUCUUUGACAGUGCACUGCUCUAAAGUACAGCUAUCUACAUGUCCCGCGUUUCUCACUGUUUAGCUCAGCUUGAGCCAGGAUACUUAAAGGAGAGUCUUUGGUCAACAAGAGGAAAUAAAACUCAGAUGUGGGUGAACCUGUGAGACUGUUAAGGGUUGCCCUUGUGUCUGGAUCACUCAGGGUCUCUUAGCGAGUCUGCUUUCUGCAACAAGUAACAGUUGGCUAACGGAGGCUUCGGCUCUCUGCCGCUUACCCUGUAACUGCCAUGCAGGUCUCUUGGUGCACACAAGUCCACUGCUGCCUGAGGCUCUUUUUUCGCCUCUGUCUGCACCAACAGGCUCCUCACUCAGUAUGGCAGGGACCAGUGAUGCCAGUCUGGGCAUUAUGGUCCAAAACUCCCCAUUAAUUAGGACCCAGCUACCUACUGGAAGACCCUGGGUCUCUUACCACUCUCCCCUCUUUUUCAUUUAUUUAUUUAUUUUUAAUUUGAAGUAUAUUUAAAGUUAAUGAUUAUCCCCUGUUAGAAGAAUAAUUGAAUUAAUUAUUUGCAUGUGUUAAAUUUGUGUGACACUUUGUGACAGAAUCAGCAGUGCGGUUGACACCUAGACCUGCUGUGUUUGGUUACCUGUUCUGCUUUAUUUGUGGGCUAGUUUUAAUUAAGUCUUAUACAAAAGAGUCAUAAUCAUUAAUUUUUACGCAACAACCUUACAAAGCUGAGAAUGAAUGACGUGUAUAAGUUACUGGUUUUAAAUAUGCAAAUAAAAUUUCAGACCUUAAAGUAAAAUGACAUCAAUGAUGAUGUUAAAUCAAAUUAAGAUUUUUUUUUUAAAUUUUAGUCAAAGAAACAUUCGACUUUGGAAAAAUCAGAAAAUGUGCACGUGAAUUAAGCGACAGGUCAAGAACACACAUGAAUUUCACAUGACAGAAGUACAGAAUAAAACUCAUUCAGGGGAGGCAGCCUCAAGUGUAGGUGGCCAAGUGUAGAUGACACUUCUUACGCAGUCAUCCUCUCACCUGAAAGCAGCUGAAAAAACUAUUCUGAGCCCAGAUUGUACAAUAACAGCAACAAUAAUGAAGGAUGUUUCCCUGCAUGAGGCCCAGCGGGUGUCAGUAACACAGUUGGAGUCGGCCAUCUGGAACUUCACUUUUUAGAAACAGGCAGGUAUAUUUUCUGCAGGGUUGGCCUACUGACCUUGAUGAAACUACAGCACUAUGUGGCUAAUACUAUUAUAACAGGUGGAGGUGAGGGGUUAAACAUUCCCUCGUAGUUGAACUUGUCCUUCUUGACGGGACUUCAAGUGAGUAGCUGACGUUACAUCCGCUCAUUAAUGAGCUUACAGGUGUAGCUCUUCUCAAAGCUUUAGUUUCUUUUUCUGUCAUCCUGCUGGCGCCAAAUUACCCAACAGUAUGUUUGUCUUAUAAUGUUCCCAUUUAUUAUUGGACAUCAUCUUUAUAAAAAGUUGAAAAAAAAAUAAAAUGUCACUCCAACCCAGGAUUUAUUUCCCCGAAGGAGCUAGAGGUUUGUUUAGAAAAGAGGAUGUAAUAUCAGCUGUAAUACACUCCAAACUGGAUUAAAAUGUCUAACCAGAGGAGCUAAUCUCACUUAGAGAAUUGUGAAUUCCAGCCAGUGGGGUUAAAGGAUGAUUUUCAUUAUCUUUAAUCACUCUUAUUUUGAUCAAGUUGCUGUUUAAAUGCUGAUGGCUUUUUGCCAGCUCUAACUUAAAAUACCAAUGAUUUCUUUCUUUAAGAUAUUUUACAUCAUCUGUUUGAGUCUGUUAUAUGAUCAGUUUUUGCACAGCUAAUGAGAACUUUUGCAAGUCAUCUCACAACUUUUAUGAGUUUAAAAAAAUGAAGUUGAAUCUUUUUUAGGAUAUUAUUAGAUGAGAAGAUUGAUUGCACUGCCAUCAAGUCAGUAUUAUAGACUGUAUAUAAAAGAGAGACUACAGCGACGUCGCCAAUUGAUUAGGUAGGGCUCAAGGUGCGAGUUUUCACUGUCAGCGUCUCUGUGUUUUGAUGGUUGGAUCUGACUGAAACCGAGGGACGCUGUGCGCUCACUGGGCGGCGACUUGUGAUUGAAGUUGAAAGCCAGUAAGAAUAUGCUGGGUAAUCCUCCUUUCUGACUAAUAAUGAUCAGAAAUUGCAAACUUAAUUGCAUAUUCUAUUCAAUAUGAAUUGAAACAAGCAAUUAAGACCAUAAAGUCAUCAGCAAAGUGUUUAAUGAAAUUUUCCUUCCUGUACAACUGGAUUACUUUUUGCAACCAGAGGGGUCGCCCCCUGCUGGCCAUUUAUAGGGAUGCAGGGUUAAGGCACUUCUAUGCUGGUUUCAUUUUACAAGCCCCGAAGCUACCUCUACAUUUUAUAUAUUUUAUGUUCAGGAGAUGGCUUAGCUUAGUUUAGUGUGAAAGCUGGAAUUGGGUGAAACGGGUGACCCUUCAAAGCUGACAAAUAAUUUCGGUAUAUUUGUGGCUGUGAUGCGUCGAUUUUUUUUUUGGCAUGCAUGGGUAGAUCACCUCAAUCUUUAUCUGCUUAUAUCAGCCUUAUUGGCUGCCACUGACUAGUUGGCAGAUUCAAUGACAUUUAACGAUAGUAAUGGUACAUAUCUGUAUUAAUUCUAUGUAUAUAGACAAUGUGAAGAAGAGCUGAAAGACUUAAAAUGAUUGGUUAUUUUGUUAUAAUGAAGAUUUCUUUGUUUCUGUUGCACAAAAGGCAGAAUAUCAAAAAACUAAAUUUCAGUUGUCAGCUGAAUUUUUUUUUUUUUUAAUAUUGGUAUUGGCCCAGCUUUUCACAACUGGUGCAUCUCUAUUGUCUGUUCCUUUAAGACAGCCAGUUCCUGUUCAUUGUUUCAAUUUCAUUGCUAAUAUUGGUGCACUUCAUAUAGUACUAUAGCUACACUACAUACUGACUAUUAUGUACAUUAGGACAUGAUAGUGUUGUCUCAAAUCAACACGUCAGGUUGUGCUCUUAAAGAAAAUGUUUGACUCUGGUUAACUCACACUGGCUACAGCAUUUCUCGUUCUGCCUCUGACCUUGCAGACAGUGAAGGUGACAAUUUGCAAACCAAACCACAGCUCGUAAAGUGUGUAAUUUUAUGUUGAAUACCUGGGGGGGAAAUCUGUUGCCAGCUAUCAUAGCUAUUAUCACUGCAGUUUAUGAUUAUCCUCCUCCUGCUGGCUGAAACAUGUUUGAUGGGCCAAGAUCCUGGCCAUUGAAGGCCAUGAUGGUUACAUAUUUGACCGUUAUGAGUACACAAUCUCUCCAUGUAGCUACAUUUCGUAAUGGGAACACAUUUAUGCGCUCAGUGAAGUGUUUAAACGUGGAAGAAAGUGAACUGAGACACAACUUUGGUUUCCGGUCUAAAUGCAAGUCUCAGCUAGCAGGUUUGUGUCUUUAGCUUAAUAAUUACUAGAGCGAUAUGAGGGUGGUAUCAAUCUUCUCAUCCAACUUUGGUCCAGAAGGCAAAAAAAGCUCAUUUCCCCAGUUUAUUCUUUGGAGUGGGAAUUGUCUUACCACAGUGAAAAGCUUUAGACUGGGUUCAUAUUUUAGCAUUAUUUAAUGUUUAUAACAGCUUUAAGGCACUUUAGAAGUAUCAGUGUACUAAUGUGUUGGUUUGAUGUGACCAGUCAACAGAUGGACCAUGGCUCCUGGGUUUAUUUGAUCUUUCUAGCUUAGAACUGCCAGUUCUCUCUGAAGAGUGGCUAGAGGUCUUCUGGUUAUAAUAAAUGCUUCUACCUUCAGUACAGAGAGGUUAUGUCCCUGUAAAAUGCGUUCACUUUGCUUGCACUGUUUGUAGGUGCUCUGUGCAGUCCCCGUUUAUCCAAGGCUAGGUCUCCAUUUUCUUUUUGUUUUUGGGGCAAAGUGCAUUGUUUCACAUCUCAUCUCACUUUUCAGUCAGGAAUCUUUCCAGAUGUAUUGAAGAUAUCCUGUAUGCAUAGAGAUUGUAUCAGAUGUUGUGCAUUUUGUUUGUUUUUAAUUAUUACAGAGUUAUUUUUGGAAAUGUUGGUAUCAAUGGGGGGGACGGGGACAUAAGAGUCAAUAUUUUUGAUAGGGAGUAAGCUACAUUCAUUUUGCAGUUUGCGUAGCGAGCUGUGUGAGAGGGGAAACAAAUCCAGAAAUGAAUUGUGGAAAAUAUUUAGUCCCAAAAUACAGGAAGCGCUUUAGUUUGACAUGAAUGCUCCGGUGAAAAUCUGAAGACUGAGUUCAGUUGUGAACUCUUCUGUAACUCAUGCUCUAAUUCUUAGCAACUUCAUAAUAAAUCUGUUGGAAUACAACAACAACUCAGUUACUACAAAUAUGUUCUAACUUGUAAGCCUCCAGAUUUAAUUUGCAGUCUUCUGGGUGUAUGAAGGUUUAUAUACAGUUUGCUUUUUUUUUUUUUUUUUAAUCCCUGAAAUCUGCAGGUUGUUCAUUUUUCUCCAUGUGAGAGAUGUUUAUUAAACACUAGAAAGGUAAACUUUAAAUUACACUUAUAUACAACUAAUCUUCAGCAGAUUAUGCUUCCUGCUAUCAUAAUAGGCUGCUGGUCCAAAGAUUUAGAUCUGAUAUAAAUCUGACCUGUAGGAAACCUACUCACAUCCAAUGUAUGCAAUGGACACAUGUAAAGUAAUGUAGACUCAGUCUUUUCUUCUUUUUUUUUAAGAUGCAAACUUAUAUAAGCAAAAUUCCUAUUUAUGUCUUUUUAAUACAGAAGUUGUGAAUAACUUACCAAACUCUGCCCUAGGUUUAGUAGAGUUUGGAUCUGGCCUGUCUUAGGUCAAAGGUCAGGUCUCUAUUCCACAUAACCCAGAGGACCUCUAAUAUGAGGAAAUGUUAAUUUACAUGUGAUCACUGAUUACUUUGCCAUCUAAACAUAACAUAAUCUUAAUUUUUAUCAGUGCUGGACUUUUCCUGUAGCAGAGUUUAAAUGUUGCCCUCAGAGAACAAAAGAAAUCCGUCAUGUAAAACCGCCAGAACUGUACAGCUGAUAAUCUGUUAUCUGUUUUCCCGGAUGAUCGAGUCUGAAUCUGUAUUCCAGGAGUUUCUUUGCUAAAUUCCAACUCCAUUUUAAUCAGAGGCUCAUGAAAACUUCCAACUUUCCACCUUGAAGCCAUAUUUGUUUCUUUAUGGUGGGUCAGCUCAUGUUUUUUAAAAAGUCAUUAUCAUGAUGAUGGUGAUGAUGGAGUCAUUUUGAAGGGAAACAUUUUGACUUUUGAUUCUCAGCAGAAAGCAGGUGUGGCGUGGUGGCGACAGGUGGAUUGUUAUAUUUAUACUGCUGUGCAAAUAACUCCGAAACUUCAGGCAAUGAUUGAUGUAAAUCUUACUGAUUUUUACACCUUUUGUCUCCAUUACUGGCUUUGGAUUGUGGAAGAACCUAUUUUCAGUAAACUUAUUCAAAUUUUUUUCUUUCUAGGGUGAUUAAAACAACCUUCCACUAUGUCAAAAUGAGAAGUAUUGUUUGUGUAAGUCAUAUAUUUAUUCAUAACACCAGCUUUAUUUUGGGGACCCUGGGGUCUGGGUCCUAACCAGUUUUUGAAUAGCCUGUGUAUUUAAAGAAUAAAAUUAAUUUUAUGGGGAAAAAAAA